UCGAUGAUGUCAAUCAGCCGGAAGGAAGGAAGGUUAGAGGUAGUACAAGGCUACCAAAGUUAGCAGUACGUCAUGGUCGUAUUCAGAAGAAGCAUGUGGAUUUUGAUGCCAAUAUGAAUCCAAUUGGUGAAGAGAAGGACAGAUUCAUUAGAUAUAUAGGCUCUGUUGCCCGAAGCAAAGUUAAUAUUCUAUGGCCUAAUUGGAAGUCAAUUUCUAAGGAGACGAAGGAUAGGAUUUGGGAAUAUAUUUUGCAAACGUAUGACAUCCCUCGUACUGAGCAAAUGAAAAAGCAUUUGUUGCAGCAAGUUCGUCAGCGCUGGAAAGAUUUUAAGCACACACUCACGAGCCAGUAUGUGCGAGGGCCUAAGAAAGAUGAUGAUCCGUGCGAAAAAUACUCCUUCCUUGAUCCAGAUGAUUGGAGGAGGAAUUAAGUGCGAUGAAUAAAGAAAGGCAAGCUAAAAAUUUAUAUCCGCACUAUUUAUCCCGUGGAGGUUACAAGAUGCUUGAG